AUGCAGAUAGUGGUGGAAGAGUCAUCAAUGGGGAGCACUGAAGAAUCCGGGGCGGUGGCGAAAAUGAAGAAAGUAUAUGAGAAGGUGAGUCUACUGGUAACUAGCAACGCGGUGGUGGUUUUUACGAUAAGUGGCUGCUGCAUGUGCCAUGUGGUGAAGCAGCUUCUCUUUGGCCUCGGAGUUGGACCGACUAUAGUUGAACUUGAUCGCGAUGCCAGUGGCCAUGACAUCCACCGCCUGCUCUUCCAGCAACAGCCGGUUCCGGCUGUGUUUGUUGGCGGGAAAUUCUUAGGUGGGAUCGAGACUGUCAUGGCUUGUCAUAUUAACGGCACCCUUGUUCCUCUUCUCAAGGAAGCUGGAGCUCUCUGGCUUUGA